AUGACCGAUGUUUUGUUGGAGGAAGGUGGCAUGUGUGGCUCCAUCUUGAGGAGCAUGAAGAUUCCAUGCAAUGACACAGGUAGCGUCGAUUGGCACUACUUGCACCCUUGUGCUCUCCUGCAUGCAUUCUCAAAGAGGCGUCCAGAAUUUGGGGAUUUGCUGCGCAAUGCAGAGACACACAGGAUUUGUGUUUACAUGGAUGAAAUCACGCCCGGUAAUGUGCUUCGACCCGAUCAUGGAAAAAGCGGAAAAUUGGAAGCCGUGCUGUCGGACGAAAAAUCCAUCACGGCACUUUGGUCACUUCGAGGUGUUUUUUCCAAAAAAUACCAGCAGUUACCGAAAAAGUUCUUUGAGGAACGUGUGAAUUGGGAGGACAACACGGUUCUAAAAGCAUUUGCUGGUGAAACUUUGCUUGUUGUGGACACGCUGGUCCUCUUCAAUGAAAUUGUUUUGAAACCUUUGGGGAUCCUGCAAGAUCAUCGAGAGAGCCUGGAACUUGCGUCAGACAUCCUGGGUAUUUUGUCACUUGGUGCUGCAGCCAAUCAAUUUCAAAGGGAACUUAAAAGAAAAAUUGCACGACACAAUGAAUUGUUUGAACAACUCUACAGUGAAUGUGCAAAGCCAAAGUUCCAUUGGCUUUUCCAUGUGCCAGAAAACAUUGAAAGGAUUGGUCGGAGUCUUGCUUGCUUCAACCCAGAGAGAAAACACCGAUGUGCAAAGACUGUGGCUGCCUUUGUGCACAACGAGUUUCUGCAGGUCAAUAUGGCCAUGCGCAUUGGAAAUGAGUGUUUGCAAAGUUUCAGCGAUUACAAGAUCUGUCAAGAGACUUUCCUGGAAGGACAAGGAAAGGAUGCUUCGCAGUGGGACGAUAUGUUGGGGCAGAAGUUGGGCAAGAAGGUUUCAGUUAAGGUUGGCGAUGCCUUGAUGCUUACUGAAGAUGAAAUUGCAGAAAACCAUUGCUGCACCUGCAGCAAGCCUGUUGAUGUGGAGAACAGUUUGGUCAUUAUUCGGGCCAAUGUCAAAGGUGUGGAGGUUCGCAGGUGCCGCAGCUGCCACAAUGUCAGGAGUGCCAUCAAUCGCAUGACCAAGAACCAUGGAACUUUGGUUAAGGAUUUCUUCAAAGUGACUGGUGACAGGCUGGAGGCUUUCUACAAAGAGCAUGGACAUUUACGAGGUGAAGACCUUCGCUCCAAGGUUGAGGAGGUGGUUACAGAUUGGAAGACUCAAACAACACGUUUUGAGUUCAAUCAGGAUGCGGAGUACUUGGAUGAAGAUGACAUCAAGAAAAGGUAUGAACACAAGCCUGAGGAUGCAAUCGAACAUGGCACCACAGAGAAACGCAAGGGCCAAAUGGCUUUGAAAAACGACGAGCCAGAGCCACCCCAAAAAAAGCCAAAGGCCAAAGCCAAAUGCAAAGCAAAGAAGGAAGGAACGGAUGAAUCCCAAGGAAAUGAAGAACCAAAGAUGAAAGCUGGUGACAAGAAGAAGUUGAGCAAAAAGCUGGAGGCUGUUAUUACCAAGGCUGCCCUUCUCAAGGAGCACCUUGCAAAAGCAGCAACGUUUGGAGACAUGAUUCCAAAGUAUGUGUUGGAAGCUGGCCAGAAGGGAUUAGCGGACAUGGAGGAGACCAACAAAAAGGCAGAGGAGUUGCUGGCUUCUGGUAAGGGGGAACCCCAGCCAGUGAUUGAUGGCAUUGAGAAACACAUUGAGGCAGUCAAUGAGGCGACUCUGCGCAUCAAAGCCCAAAUGGAUUCUGCAGCUGCCUUCAAGUGA